CGCGUACGCGUACUACAUACAUACAUACGUACGUCUGCAUGUCUACGCGCGUGCCUGCUGCAUGCAUGGCCAACACAGCUUGCAUGACGACGUUACAUACCUAUAGACGACAGCAGCCGGCAACAUUGAUGAAUGAAUAAAUACACAAACAAACAAACAAACAAACAAAUAUUCAACGGCAAGGACUGGAUUGGUAAACAGACGCAAAUAAAUAAACAGUCGAAUCACUCGAAUAACAACAAACGUACAUACGCAUAUAUAUAUACAUGUAUAUCUAUCUAUACAAGUAUCUCAAAGUUCAAACCCACACGGCAAACCAGAAACACUUCUCUCUUUCUCCAGCGCAGCCAACUAGGUACCUCCACCGCACCCCAGGGCCAGGAAACAAGCAACAAGCAAGCACGCGCGUUGCCACGGAACAGAAGCAAGCCGAAGCCGAAGCUGCCCACCCAUCCAUCCCACCCCCUGUCGCUCCCCCUCCUUUCCCUUUCCUUCCCUCCCCCUGGCGCCGAUCCGUCUCAGCCCAGCCCAGCCCAGCCAGGCCUAGUCCAGGCCCGACUCGACCCCUGGUUCCUGACCAUCACUCGCUCCCUCCCUACCCCCUUGUCUGCCCCAAGACGAGCAUGAACGUCCUGUCUUGGCGCGAAACCCAAUGUUUCCUCCUCUUGCUUCUGUUGCUCACUACACACACACACACACACACACACCCCGAACCAGAAUGAAUCCUUUGGAAACAAACAGACAAACAAGCAAGCAGGCAAGCAAGCAAGCAACU